GAAGAGACUUCAAUCAGCAGUAAGACGAGAAGCGUGCCCAAUCUGUAUAUUUAUUUUAUUCGUGCGCGGCAGGUCCCUAUACAUACAUGGUCUUUAAUUCUGCAGAAUGUUGUGUUACGCUCAAAUGAGAUAUAGCUGAUCGUCAGAUCAUAGUGAUUUUGUGAUAGUUAAUGAUGUGUUGCCGGUAUUCUUUAAAUCAAUUAGUUGAUCAUGGUACAAAAGCUGUUAAUUUUCCUCUCAUUUGUUUGGUUCCUCAACAGUGCUGAAUCUAUAAUCAGAAACAAUGCGAGAAAUAUUGUGAACACGUAUAGAAAUUCUAUAGUGGAAAGUACGAUCAAUAAAGUGUCACUGACACAAAAAGGAUAUAUUCAGUUCCUCAAAUAUAUCGAAACUGUUCCACCUCUAACUGAUUAUACAUUCUGUAUAUGGAUUAGAAGUAGUAAUUUGACAUACAGCCAUCCAAUCUUUUCAUAUUCGAAACAUGAAAAAGAACGACUUAUCAGAGUUUGGAUAAGCCCGUUCGGCGAAAGUGUCAACUUGGAAAUACUAGGACAUCCAGUUUUCGAAGUACCUGUCGAUAUAGUAGAGAAUCAUUGGUACCACAUCUGUCAAUCUUGGUCGUCGUCUCAAGCAUCUUGGAACCUUUAUCUCAACGGCAAAUUGAGAUCCAAUGGAUAUCAACCAGAGUUGAGAGGACUCAUAAUCGAAGGCGAAGGGGAUAUAGUAGUGGGCCAAGAAUACACAGACUUCGAUAAAGGCCUAGAAGAUGGCAUUGAGGGUGAUGUUUUCGGCUUCAACUUCGUGCUAGCGUCCACCUCCUACUCUUUAAAAGCACUAACCAACAAUUUCUUGAGAAGAAGCUACCAGCUAUCGAAAAAACCACAAUCCUACAAGGAGAUGAUUCUAGGAGACUACACCUCACCAAAAGAACGACAAAAUGUAACUCUAGAUAAUACCAAAAAUGAUGACGAACACACUGCUGCGAGUAUCGAUACAGAUUCGAAUUCAAAGUCACUCGAAGUACCAGACGUGCUCAGCUACUUCAAUACGGAACCUGUAAGGAAUCCCAAAGGGCUUCUAGAGAUAUUCAGAAGUGCCUUUGGAUUUAUCAGUGACGAACCUACCAGAGUAAGAGUGGUGUACCACCCCAAACCAGGGUUCCACAACCAUCCCAUUUCAAGAUCAUCUGGACCAGUGCCUCCAAUGGAAUACCUACCAUCUAGUCGAAUUGGUAAUCGUCAAAUUCUGAAAUCUGAACCAUCCCGGAAAAUUCAUGAAAUCGAUGACAUUAAAAGACCACUCGGUCUUCUUCUGGUGGAACUCAGUUUCGACUGUGGGUUGAGAAAGGGUGCCCCACUUAGUGGUGAGGGAGUGCUGAUUAACUGGACAAAAACGCCCGUUAGAGUGUUUGGUGGCGCGAUUCUGAAAAGUGUGCCACCAUUUUGUACAUGAGUAGCUCAGGAUUGUAACAUUUAGUGAAUAGAAAUAUUUAUGAUGUGAUAUUCAUUUCCAGUAUUUUGGGAAAGAAUAUAUUGUUUUAUUGUAGUUGUGAUUGUGAUUUGAAUGAAUGAUUCAAACUCAUUUACUGCUUGGAGCAUUUGUCGUCAUCACUCAUGAUUAAAUACAAUGAAUGAAAACUGUGGAGAUGACCUUGGAUUUUUCUCCUUUUCGAGUCA